ACACCUGACACACACCUGUCACGCCUGGCACACACUUGUCACAUCUGCCACGCCUGGCACACCUGACACACAUCUGUCACACUCCCAUUCACAGUAAAGCAGGCCAAUAUCCUCCCCCGCCAGGCUCGCCUUGACGCCAGAGCCGGACGUCGAGGGCCCCCGCCCACUACGGCUGCCGCUCUGAGCGGCUGGCAGCUCCAGUCUCCACACAAGUGGCUCCACAAGAGCAUCUCCAGCAUCCCCACGUAUCUCCAGCAUCCCCACGUAUCUCCACGUAUCUCCAGCAUCCCCACGGAUCUCCAGCAUCCCCACGUAUCUCCAGCAUCCCCACGGAUCUCCACGGAUCUCCAGCAUCUCGUAGCCUCGUCAGGACUGUUGUAAGAGCCAAGGGGGACUGUAUCCAGCAAGUGAGGCACGGUGCCAGGCCCUCCCCAGCAGGCACUCGGACGAAGAUGACGACAGCGCUCCCCGGGCUCUUCACACGGCCUUACAUCACCAUCUCCAACCAGUUCGGGGUCCCCAUCUUGACAGACAGCGACGGUAACGGGGUUCCGUCCAUCAAACUCAUCCCCCUGGCUGUCAUCUCCUACGUUAUCAUCCUGGACGCUCUAGCGCGGGAGUACAAGCUGGGUCGGAAGUACAGGGACGACCAGAGGUCCAUCUACCGCUCGCUGGAGGAACAGAUAGACACGACGUUUGGGCUGGACGGUCGAGCGUGUUUGCUGCGGUUUAUAUGUGACUUACAGAAGUACCCCAUAAGGGAGUGGACCAUUGUAGGGGAGCUCAUAACGUCGGUCUUCACGCCACUGGACGACGAGCACGACACGAUGGAGGACUACAGAGGGGCGCAGAUGGCGGGGCUGCUCGAGGAACCUGAAUCUUGUCUAAUUAAUUAUGGCAAUAAGUGCCCCUUCAGUGUCUUCAACUACUUCAGAGAUCUUGAUGAUCUGGAGAAGAACGACCUGGAUCUGGAGAGUGGCGAGGAGGUACAAGAUAACCAGAACCUAGAGGGUGUUGCUGUACCCCAAGAGGACCUGGUCUUGGAAGGUGUUGAUGUUCCCCAAGAUGGCCUGGUCUUGGAAGGUGCUCCUUUAACCCAAGACGACCUGGUCUUGAAAGGUAUUGACGUACCCCAAGACGACCUGGUCUUGGAAGGUGUAGAUGUUCCUCAAGACGACCUGGUCUUGGAGGGUGCUCCUUUAACUCAAGACGACCUGGUCUUGGAGGGUGCUCCUUUAACCCAAGACGACCUGGUCUUGGAGGGUGCUCCUUUAACCCAAGACGACAUGGUCUUGGAGGGUGCUCCUUUAACCCAAGACGACCUGGUCUUGGAGGGUGUCAAUGUGCCCAAAAAAGACGGUCACAUGAGUACACCAAAUAACCAGGUACUCCAAGCUGGUCAGAGCGACAACAGCAAACCCGAGUAACAGAGUCUAUGGCAAACUAUGUCUGGUUUGCAGUGUUGUUAGCCCUGUAGCUCUCAUAUUUACUCUGGCCCUCAUAUUGACACAGUGUUUACAUAUUUAGCCCUGUGGACCUAAAUAUUUACGUUUACUCUGGCCCUCAAAAAAUGUACAACCUGACAUUAUAAAUUAUUAUAAAUUAUAACCGUAUAGUAGCUCAGUCGAUUAAGGCAGCGUCUGGGAUCCUCUCGGACGUAGAUUCGAACCCUCGUCACGGCCCUUGUGGAUUUAUUCAUUUGAUGCAUCACGCUAUUGUGAUUUCUGUGUGUAAUAUUAUAAACAUUACGUAGCCUGAAUUGCUAAUUUAAUAAGGAUGAUAUUGGUAAUGGUAAUAAUAAUAAUACUACUACUAAUAAUAAUUAUUAUAAGAAUCAGUUAGUGGUAGAGUAUGCGGCUGGCAAUACCUAGGUCACAGGUUCGCAUCACCUCAGAGCCCCAGUGGAUUUUCUCAAUAAUAAUCAUAGUUAUUUAUAUCAUACAAUAGACAUUACAACAUGUUAGUGGUUGUAAUUAGUAGGUACAUAAAAGUCAUAUAAGAAGCUGUAAUUCUGGGCUUUACCCAUAAUCAUUCAAUUUAUUAUAUUUGUCAUUUAAUUUUAUGUCCUAGAUGCUCUACAAAUAUGAAUGCUUUAUGUCUGCAGGAAUGCACAUAUAAAACAGGAAUGUAAGCUACACUUUAAAACAUUUACUACUAAGA